AUGGUGGAGGCCCAGCGCGGCCCGCUGCGAGGCACCAUCACGCGGCUGGUUCCCGCAUCGGCUCCCCUCAUGUGCCAGGACUCAAUUCGAGCUCUGGGCACCGACCUGCAAGCAAACGCCUCCUACGAAAUCGAUUGGCAGACGAGCGUGUUGUUCUGCAAGUGGGUCAACUCGACCGAGCUGGCGUGUCCACAGGCGCCCCUCACCAGCCCGGGCGCUGUGUCCAUCGUCAUCAAGAUCGGACCCAACAUCAUCAGCCCCGCCAACCUCACCUUCCUCUUCUACCAGCCGCCGCAGCUGCAGAGCCUGGACCCGCCGUCGGGCAGAGUGGCCGGAGGCUACGACGUGCGCAUCUGGGGAUACGACUUCUUCCCAAACCCCGAAGACGUGCUUGUGGAGGGCCAGGGAACGCCGAGCGAGGAGUCGGCGCUGUUGGCAGCGUCGGGCAAGCUCGACCUGCACACCAUCAACUAA